AUGCCAAUGCCACUUCUAUUAACGUUACGACAACGCCAUCAUCAACGCCGUCUCCACCAACGCCGCCUCACACAAAAACGAAAACGACAACGAAAACGAAUGCGAAUACGAAUACCAACAAAUAUGUGUUCCACUCACUUCGUCAUCAUCACCAACUUUCCGAAUCGAACACAAUUACAAUUGCAGGCAACGUCGCAGCUAUCAACAAGUGCCAUGAAUGGCAUUGCCGUGCCUGGUGAUGUUUCCUCGGUUGGUGUAUUGGGCGGUGGGAUGCUGAAUGGUGUCGUAGGCGGUGUUGGCGCCAACAAUGCCAGUCAGAAUAAAUACGAUCGAUGGGAAUUCCCAAGGCACCGAUUGAAGUUCUUCAACAUAUUGGGAGAAGGCGCCUUCGGCCAAGUAUGGCGUUGUGAAGCAACCGACAUUGAUGGCGUUGAUGGUGUCACAACAGUUGCUGUAAAAACUUUGAAGGAAAAUGCAGCUGAAGUUGAGAAGAAGGACCUAUUAUCCGAACUUGAG